UGCGCGGGAGGGUCGCUGCCGCGGAACGCAGGCCGGUGCGCGCGGCCGAGCGGGCGGCGGCGGCGGCGACGGUGGUGGGGAGGGCUCGGCGGCAGGCAGGCUCGGGGCUCCCGGGCCGGCGGGGUCCGCCGGGUCCAAUUGCGUCCGCUUGGUGGCGGGAGGAGGGAGCGGUGCAGACAAAGAGCGGCAUCUGGGCGGGCGCAGCGCGGCCGCCGCCCCGGGACUUGCGCUGCUGCCCUCCGGCCUCGGCGUGCACUGUGCAGCGAGAUCCCACAGGUUCUUCUCCUAUAGUGUCAUCCCAGCUGGCUUAAGAGCUUGGAGGAUCACUGUAACUCUGUCACAUUUAAGGUGUCCUCAGACAGCAGAAAACAUCAUCUUUUUGAAGAGUGCUACAAUUUUUCCAGUCACCUCUUAUAACUGCAUGCCAAAGGAUUUAUUUUUUUAGAACACCAGCAAAACUCUGCUUCCAAGUGAAGAAUAGUAAAUGAAGCCGUGGGUUUGUGGAAAGCGCCUUCUGGUGAAUUUGCACCCCAGAUCCUCUGCUUUCUAACUUGUGAACUUAGAAGGACUCCAUGAAAGAUGACAGAAGAAGUCAUUGUCAUAGCCAAGUGGGACUAUACUGCCCAGCAGGACCAGGAGCUCGACAUCAGGAAGAAUGAGCGGUUGUGGCUGCUGGAUGACUCCAAGACUUGGUGGCGGGUGAGAAAUGCAGCCAACAGGACAGGCUAUGUGCCUUCCAACUACGUGGAGCGUAAGAACAGCCUGAAGAAGGGCUCCCUGGUGAAGAAUCUCAAGGACACGCUAGGCCUCGGAAAGACGCGCAGGAAGCCGAGCGCUCGGGAUGCGUCCCCAACGCCAAGCACGGAUGCAGAGUACCCAGCCAAUGGCAGUGGUGCUGACCGCAUCUAUGACCUCAACAUCCCAGCCUUUGUUAAGUUCGCCUACAUAGCAGAACGAGAGGAUGAGCUGUCCCUAGUGAAGGGCUCCCGUGUCACAGUUAUGGAGAAAUGCAGUGAUGGCUGGUGGCGUGGCAGCUUCAACGGGCAGAUCGGCUGGUUCCCCUCCAACUAUGUGCUGGAAGAAGUGGACGAAGCUGCAGCUGAGGCCCCCAGCUUCCUGAGCCUGCGUCGGGGUACUGCGCUGAGCAAUGGGCAGGGUGCGCGGGUGCUGCACGUGGUGCAGACGCUGUACCCCUUCAGCUCCGUCACUGAGGAGGAGCUUAGUUUCGAGAAAGGAGAAACCAUGGAGGUGAUUGAGAAGCCUGAGAAUGACCCUGAAUGGUGGAAAUGCAAAAAUGCCCGAGGCCAAGUGGGCCUGGUCCCCAAAAACUACGUAGUUGUCCUCAGUGACGGGCCUGCACUGCACCCCACGCACACACCCCAGGUCAGCUACACCGGGCCUUCAGCCAGCGGGCGAUUUGCCGGUCGUGAGUGGUACUAUGGCAACGUGACACGGCACCAGGCGGAGUGUGCGCUCAAUGAGCGUGGCGUCGAGGGUGACUUCCUCAUUAGGGACAGCGAGUCCUCGCCCAGCGACUUCUCCGUGUCUCUCAAAGCAUCAGGGAGGAACAAGCACUUCAAGGUGCAACUGGUGGACAGCGUCUACUGCAUCGGGCAGCGGCGGUUCCACAGCAUGGACGAGCUUGUGGAGCACUACAAGAAGGCCCCCAUCUUCACCAGCGAGCACGGGGAGAAGCUCUACCUCGUCCGAGCCCUGCAGUGAUCGCAGCCAUUGGCCCCCUCAUGCCCUGCCCACUGUGGGCCUCGCUGCCACCUCCACCUCCCAGAGCCCAGCACUUCUGGUCACCUCCACCCA